UCAGUAUGACAAGUGACAACCAGAGCUGCUUCUGGGACCCCCCAAAGGACUUCAUCCUCCUGGGCAUUUCUGACAGGCCAUGGCUGGAGCUCCCACUCUUUGUAGUCCUCCUGGUGUCUUACGUUCUGGCUAUGCUGGGAAACAUCUCCAUCAUCCUGGUAUCCCAGCUGGAUCCCCAGCUUCACAGCCCUAUGUACAUUUUCCUUAGCCACCUGUCCUUCCUGGACCUCUGCUACACCACAACCACCGUCCCUCAGAUGCUGGUCAACAUGGGCAGUUCCCGGAAGACCAUCAGUUACGGUGGCUGUACCGUGCAAUACGCCAUUUUCCACUGGCUGGGCUGCACUGAGUGCAUUGUCUUGGCCGCCAUGGCUCUGGACCGCUACGUGGCCAUCUGUGAGCCACUCCGGUAUGCCAUUAUCAUGCACCGCCCACUCUGCCAGCGGCUGGUGGGUGUGGCCUGGCUCAGCGGUUUUGGCAACUCCUUCGUUCAGGUCAUCCUGACAGUGAAGUUGCCUUUCUGUGGGCAGCAGGUGCUGAACAACUUCUUCUGUGAGGUGCCAGCCAUGAUCAAGCUGUCCUGUGCUGAUACUACAGUGAAUGACGCCACGCUGGCCGUGCUGGUAGCCUUCUUUGUGCUGGUCCCUCUGGCCCUCAUCCUCCUCUCCUAUGGCUUCAUUGCUCGUGCAGUGCUGAAGAUUCAGUCCUCCAGGGGACGGCACAAGGCCUUUGGGACUUGUUCUUCCCAUUUGUUGGUGGUUUCCCUUUUCUACCUACCUGCCAUCUAUAUGUACCUGCAGCCCCCAUCCAGUUACUCUCAGGAGCAAGGCAAGUUUAUCUCCCUCUUCUAUUCUAUAAUCACCCCCACCCUCAACCCUUUCAUCUAUACCUUGAGGAAUAAGGAUGUAAAGGGGGCUUUCAGAAGACUCCUGGCAAGAACUGGGAGACUAUGUGGAAGGUGAAGGUCUAACCUGGGAAAAGCUACAUCAGUUGCAGAACCCUGAGCAGAAACUCUGGGGCUGGGGUGUGUAACAGUGGUAGAGUCCUUGGUUGGCAUGUGUGAGGUCCUGAGUUCAACUCUUAGGACUGUGGAAAAUGUUUGGAACUGUAGGUUCUUAGAGGAAUUUGAAAGCUUAAAAAAUAAAACAACUCCACCCCAAAAUAUUUCACCUUCCAUGUGGUGAUAAUGCUUGAACAUCUAAGAGGAAGGUUGGCUUUCAAACACAAUCUUAAGAAGCCAUAUAAAGUCAAAAAUCAUGUGAAUGACUUGGUGUUCACCAGUACUUGUUAGACUGCUGAGUUCCUAAUUUCCUAGUUAUUUCCUUUUUUCUUCCUUUAUUUCCUCCAGCAUUUCCAGUUUAUCUCUUUUUAAGCCUCUUUCUUCCUGUACAGUCACUCCAGAUGUCACAAUAUGAACCUGACACACAGUCUUACCUAUAAAAAUCAUCUGUUCUUCAUAGACUGAAAUCUUGAUAAACACUGUAUUCCCCUCCCCAAAAUGUCACAAGAAUGGCAUUACUACAUUCUUCUUUUGUAACCACAGAUGAUUUUCUUCUUCCUGGGUUCAAACUGCCUUUAAAGAAAGUUUCUCACCACCGAGAACUACUGUAAGUCUGCUGUGGGGCAUCUUAGGAUGCAUGGGUGGAAACAGAUACAUCUAACCUUUCACUUACCAAUGGGCUUAUUCCCUGAAGAAUAUGGCAACAAAUGUGAUCAAUGUUAAAAACAAUAAAGCAUCCCAUAAAAAUCUGGGAGCUUAGC